AUGGACUUUUUUGACGAUCAGGAUGGCAUGGCAGGUGGCCCAGGGGGUCUUUUCGCUCAGUUCGCCCAAGGAUUUGGAGUUCCUAUGGGCACUCGAAUUAACCGGCCAAACCCUCGUUCGUAUAACGUGUACUUGAAGGCCUACAGUGUAGCGAUGCUUCCUGGUCGGGAGCGAGAGAAUCUUUCCUACGGAGGAAAGAUUAUCAUGCCUCCAUCAGCCCUCGCACACUUGACUCACCUCGAUCUCGAGGGACCUUGGAUGUUUCAGCUCACAAAUGCGACCAAUCCAGCCGCAUCCACACAUGCAGGUGUACUCGAGUUUAUCGCUGAAGAGGGAAUAGUCCAUCUCCCCUACUGGAUGAUGAAGACGUUACGUCUCAAUGAAGGCGACCCAAUUCGCAUAACUGGUGCUGAACUCCCGAAGGGCAAGUUCGUCAAGCUACAGGCGCAAUCUACGCAUUUCCUUGAAAUAUCAGAUCCAAAAGCCGUGUAUGUGCUUGAGCAAGCUCUGAGAAACUUCACUGCGCUCACUCAGGGUGAUAUAAUUGAAAUAUAUUAUAACUCAAUAAUCUUCGGCUUUCUUGUGAUGGAGGCGACACCCGGUGGAGGUGGUAUAAACGUGCUAGACACUGAUCUAGAGGUCGAUUUUGCUCCCCCGGUCGGUUAUAUAGAGCCUGAGCGUCCGAAACCCGCCCCUCCUUCCACUAUGGCAUCCAAAUUGAAGAUCGACCUCAAUUCAUCGAGUCCCGGUUCCUCACGACCGUCUUCAUCACUAGGUGGUGGUUUUGUUGCUCCUGGUGGAACAGCUGUAAGCAAAGGUGGCGAUCAUUGGGAGAGUUUCAAGGGCAAGGGAGAAACUCUCGCCGGUCGGAAGACGAAAGGCAAGGGUAUCAGUCACCGGGGAGUCGAAGCAGUAGGGGGAGACAGCAAGAUCAUCAGAACUGAGUGUGUUUCAAGCAAUCUGGUCGCGUCUGGGCAUGCUAACGAUCUCAACAGCCAACAGAAGAUUAUCAACAACAGCUCUGCUGAAGCAGAUGUCAAGGUCCCCGCUGCACUCAAUCUUCCAUUCGGAAAACUGUUUUUUGGCUUUAAUGUCGUCACAUACACCCCACCAGAACCCAAGGCUCCUUCCUCUCCUAGCCCUUCAGCUCCCUCUUUCUCGGGUUCAGGCAAUACCCUCACGGGCCGGCCAGUCACAUCACCGUCAGGUGCGAAAGGAAAGGAAAAGGAGAAAUCAUCUGCAAAGUCGCAAUCGAGCGAGAAGGUUUGGGGCACUGGCAAUACGCUAGGUUCCUCUCGGUCCACCCACAUUCCACCAAGCUUCCGUGGGCGUGAUCUUGGUGGUCCUGGGGGUAGACCGCUUCCCCGACAAACGACGGCACAGUCGAAGCGACGCAGUCCGACGCCAGACUGGGGUGUAGACGAUGACGACAUGAUUGACAUUGACAGUGAUUGA